CGGCGCGAGCCGCGGCUCCUGCGCAAAGGCUCGGCCUCCUUGGGCGCGCGUGCGCGUUAGCGUCUCGGAGCGCGCGCGGCUACCCCCACCCCCCCGCACCCGCCGCUCGAGACGCACGCGGCCCCGCGCCCUGCCGCUUCUCCCUCAGUCGAUGGUUUCGCCGCCGCCUCCUCUCAGCGUGAGGCGAGGGCGCCGCCUCGGCCUCCCCCGCCGCCUCUCCCCGCCGCCCUCUGCCGCCGCCCGGCCUCCCCCUUCCUCCCUCGCGGCGGCCGGGUGAAGGGAGGCAGGAAGGGCGGGCGGGCGAGCGAGGGAGCGAGGAGGGAGGGAGGGAGGAACAUGGCGCCGCCUCCUCCGCCCUCGCCGCCGCCGCCACCGCCGCUUCGGGUCCUCGUCCGCCCCGCCCCGAGAGCCCGGCCUGGCCCGGCCCCGCCGCCCCCGACCCGGAGGUACACAAAGUGCCAUUCCUGAAUCUUACAUCAACAAAAACAUCAACCAUUCAGUAAUUAAGGGAGGAGGAAACGUGAUAUCCAUGUUCCCCAACGUGGUGCCCUCCAGAUGUGCUAAACUCACUCAGAAGACAAGGGGCCUUUAUAAGCCUGUCCUCGUGGAAGGGGCUGAGUUGGGGGAUUCUUCAGGGAAAAAUGCUGAUCACCCAGUUGUGAGGAUCGGAGACAACUGAGCUGCUGGUGGCGCGCCAAGAGUGGGGACAGUUGUCUUUGCUGUGCUAACCGUCCUUAAUCCGAACUGCUAGUAGUGCCCCUUGCCGUUUAGGGGUUGCACGGGAGAACCCAGAUAGCCUAGGAAGCAGCCCUGCGCAAAACAGGAUGUUUGGACGAUGAUGAUGGCAAGGAAGCAAGAUGUCCGCAUUCCCACCUACAACAUCAGUGUGGUGGGCUUGUCCGGGACCGAGAAGGAGAAAGGCCAGUGCGGCAUCGGGAAGUCCUGCCUCUGCAAUCGGUUUGUGCGGCCGAGAGCAGAUGACUUCCACUUGGACCACACCUCCGUUCUCAGCACCAGUGACUUUGGAGGACGGGUGGUUAACAAUGACCACUUCCUGUACUGGGGAGAAGUGGUGCGCUCUCUGGAGGACUGUGUGGAAUGUAAAAUGCACGUUGUGGAACAGACCGAGUUCAUCGACGACCAGACUUUCCAGCCGCACCGCAGCACCGCCCUGCAGCCCUACAUCAAGAGGGCCGCGGCGACCAAGCUGGCCUCGGCUGAAAAGCUCAUGUACUUUUGCACCGAUCAGCUUGGCCUGGAGCAGGACUUUGAGCAGAAGCAGAUGCCCGACGGGAAGCUGCUGGUGGACGGCUUUCUGCUCUGCAUCGACGUCAGCCGGGGCAUGAACAGGAACUUCGACGAGCAGCUCAAGUUUGUCUCCAACCUCUACAACCAGCUCACCAAGACGAAGAAGCCCACCGUGGUGGUCCUGACCAAGUGCGACGAAGGCGUGGAGCGGUACAUUCGAGACGCGCACACUUUUGUCUUCAGCAAGAAGAACCUUCAGGUGGUGGAGACCUCGGCCAGAUCCAACGUGAACGUCGACUUGGCCUUCAGCACUUUGGUGCAGCUGAUCGACAAAAGCAGGGGAAAGACUAAAAUUAUCCCGUACUUCGAGGCUUUGAAACAACAGAGCCAACAGAUUGCUGCCGCGAAGGAUAAGUAUGAGUGGCUGGUGAGCCGUAUCGUUAAAAACCACAACGAAACUUGGUCCAAUGUCUCGCGAAAGAUGCAAUCCUCUCCGGAAUAUCAGGAUUAUGUCUACUUGGAAGGGACUCAGAAAGCAAAGAAACUUUUCUUACAACACAUCUUUCGCCUCAAGCAAGAGCAUAUCGAGCGCAGGAAAAAGAUGUACCUGGCCAUGUUACCUCUUGCCUUUGACGCCCUGAUUCCAAACCUGGAUGAAAUCAACCACUUGAGUUGCAUCAAAGUGGAGAAGCUGCUGGAGACCAAGCCAGACUUCUUAAAGUGGUUCGUCGUGCUUGAGGAGACGCCCUGGGACGCCACCAGCCACAUCGACAACAUGGAGAACGACCGCAUCCCGUUCGAUGUGAUGGACACCUUGCCUGCCCAGCAGCUCUACGAGACCCACCUGGAAAAGCUGAGGAAUGAGAGGAAGAGAGCAGAAAUGAGAAGGGCUUUCAAGGAGAAUUUGGAGACGUCCCCUUUCAUCACCCCGGGAAAACCUUGGGAAGAAGCUCGCAGUUUCAUCAUGAAUGAGGACUUUUACAUGUGGCUAGAAGAAUCUGUGUACAUGGAUAUUUACGGUCGGCAUCAGAAACAAAUUAUCGAGAAGGCCAAGGAGGACUUCCAGGAACUGCUCCUGGAGUAUUCGGAACUCUUUUACGAGUUGGAGCUCGAUGCCAAGCCCAGCAAAGAAAAAAUGGGGGUCAUCCAGGACGUCUUGGGGGAAGAGCAGAGAUUUAAAGCAUUGCAAAAGCUGCAGGCCGAACGAGACGCCCUGAUCUUGAAACACAUUCACUUCGUCUACCAUCCCACCAAGGACACCUGUCCCAGCUGCCCGGCUUGUGUAGACGCUAAAAUAGAGCACUUAAUAAGUUCCAGGUUUAUCAGGCCCUCGGAUCGCAAUCAGAAAAACUUGCUUUCCGAUUCCAACAUCGACCGCAUCAACUUAGUCAUCCUUGGGAAAGACGGGCUCGCCCGUGAGCUAGCCAACGAGAUCCGAGCUCUUUGCACAAAUGACGACAAGUACGUGAUAGAUGGGAAAAUGUACGAGCUCUCCUUGAGACCCAUCGAGGGGAAUGUCCGGCUCCCGGUUAAUUCUUUCCAGACACCCACAUUUCAGCCCCACGGCUGCCUCUGCCUUUAUAACUCUAAGGAGUCCUUGUCUUACGUGGUGGAGAGCAUCGAGAAGAGUAGGGAGUCCACCCUCAGCCGAAGGGACAACCACCUCGCUCACCUUCCUCUCACUCUGAUUCUGGUGAACAAGAGAGGGGAUACCAGUGGAGAAACACUACACAGCUUAAUACAGCAAGGCCAGCAGAUAGCGAGUAAAUUGCAGUGCGUCUUCCUCGACCCGGCUUCCGCCGGCAUAGGAUACGGGCGCAACAUUAACGAGAAGCAGAUCAGCCAAGUGCUGAAAGGCUUGCUGGAUUCAAAGCGCAACUUAAAUCUGAUGAGCUCAACCGCAAGCCUUAAAGAUCUGGCCGACAUCGACCUUCGGAUUGUCAUGUGCUUGUUGUGCGGAGACCCUUUUAACGCCGACGAUAUCCUUCUCCCCGUUCUUCAGUCCCAAACCUGCCGGCCCUCCCCUUCUGGAAGUAGCAAUUCCGUGUUACUUGAAUACCCCAUCGGACCCCACAAGAGGCGCAUCGAACUCUCCUUGCUCUCUUUCCACUCCGCCUUCAGCAUUCGCAAAAGCUGGCUGGUCCACGGUUACAUUUUGUUUUACUCCGCCAAGCGCAAGGCAUCCCUGGCUAUGUUACGUGCCUUUCUUUGCGAAGUGCAGGACAUCAUCCCCGUUCAGAUUGUGGCGCUCACGGAGGGCUCCAUCGACGUCCUGGACAACGACCUGAGUCGAGAACAGCUGACGGAGGGGGAGGAAAUCGCCCAGGACAUCGAAGGGAAAUUCACCAGCAUCCCCUGCAGCCAGCCUCAGCACAAGCUGGAGGUCUUCCACUUGUUCUUCAAAGAUGUGGUGGAGAGGAAGAACAUCAUCGAGGCAACCCACAUGUAUGACAACGCCGCGGAAGCCUGCAGCACCACAGAGGAAGUCUUCAACUCUCCCCGGGCCGGCUCCCCUCUCUGCAAUUCCAACCUGCAGGAUUCCGAAGAGGAUGCCGAGCCCCCCAGCUACAGCCCUUUCAGAGACGACGGCUCCAUGCCCACCUUGUCCAAAGAUCUGUCCAAGCUCUCCAUGGAGCUGGAGGGCAACGAUGGGCUUUCGGUCUUCUCUGUGAUGAGCACUUUCGAAAGCAAACUGAACAACAAAGUACCUCCGCCGGUGAAACCAAAGCCCGCUGUCCAUUUUGAUAUUGCCAAGGGGGAUCUCUCUUACCUGGAGCAAGGACAUCGAGAGGGACAGCGGAAGCCCGUCUCCUCCAGUAGCUGGCCACCUACCGACGGCUUCGACCCUUCAGAUUACGCCGAGCCGAUGGACGCCGUGGUCAAACCCAGGAACGAGGAGGAGAAUAUCUACUCUGUGCCUCACGACAGCACCCAAGGCAAAAUCAUCACCAUUCGGAACAUCAACAAAACCCAGUCCAACGGGAGCGGCAACGGGUCGGACAGCGAAAUGGACACCGGCUCAUUGGAGCGGGGGCGCAAGGUGUCUCUGACCAGCAAGCCAGUGCUGUAUCGCACCCGAUGCACGAGACUUGGGCGCUUUGCCAGUUUCAGGACCAGUUUCAGUAUAGGGAGUGAUGAUGAGCUGGGGCCCAUCAGGAAGAAAGAGGAAGACCAGACGUCCCAAGGCUAUAAAGGAGAUAAUGCUGUCAUUCCCUACGAGACCACUGAUGAAGACCCUAGAAAAAGAAAUAUCUUGAGGAGCUUGAGAAGGACCACCAAGAAACCAAAGCCUAAGCCUCGACCAUCUAUCACAAAGACUACGUGGGAGAACAACUAUUUUGGGGUGCCUUUGACCACUGUAGUGACCCCAGAGAAGCCCAUUCCCAUUUUUAUUGAGAGAUGCAUCGAAUACAUUGAAGCAACAGGGUUGGGUACUGAAGGGAUCUACCGGGUGAGUGGAAACAAGUCUGAGAUGGAAAGUUUGCAGCGGCAAUUUGACCAAGAUCAUAACCUGGACUUUGCCGAGAAGGAUUUCACUGUGAACGCUGUAGCUGGAGCCAUGAAGAGCUUCUUCUCAGAGCUGCCGGAUCCCCUGGUGCCCUACAACAUGCAGGUCGAGCUGGUGGAGGCCCACAAGAUCAAUGACCGAGAGCAGAAACUGCACGCGCUCAAAGAGGUGCUGAAGAAGUUCCCCAGGGAGAAUUACGAGGUCUUCAAAUACGUCAUCUCCCAUUUGAACAAAGUGAGCCACAACAACCGCACCAACCUGAUGACCAGCGAGAACCUCUCCAUCUGCUUCUGGCCCACCCUGAUGCGCCCCGACUUCAGCACCAUGGACGCCUUGACCGCCACCCGCAUCUACCAGACAAUCAUCGAACUCUUCAUCCAGCAGUGCUCUUUCUUCUUCUAUAGCCGGCCCAUCGUCGAGCCCCCCGGCGCCACCCCCAACUCCCCCUCCACCCUGCCCAUCAGCACCCCUUUCCUCUCCUCCACGCCUGUCAUCGCCCAGCCCUCCCCGCCCCAGACGCCGCCUCCCUCGCCCCAGUCUCCCCUCCAGUCCCUGCUCCCGCCGCAGCUCCAGGCCGAGCAGCACACACUGUGAACCCAGGCCGGGUCAGGAAGAAAGGCCUCCGUUGAGCGACGCAGAGGACGGGACCAUCCACCUUGGCGCCUCUUGGCCCGGCCUCGCCUCCGCCGUUCAGUUCCAGACUUCUGUGGGGCUGAACCACGGCGGGCUGGCUGGCGCCUCAGACUCCUCUGGAGCCCGGUUCGGCCUCGGGGCUGGCACGGGAGGGCACCCCUGGGCUUACAAGCAGCGGGAUGUGGUUGGAGAGUCUGGAGCCCUCUUCCCAGGCAAGCAUCCUUUCCAUCGGGAUCUACUCGGACCCAAGCAAAGAGAGGCAGGUUUAGCCCGGUUGGGGCGCUGGACCCCUCCCUCCUCGGCCUCAAUCCAUGUGUGGACAGAGAGGACUGUGAAGCGGGGGGGGCUCCUUCCCCCCUUCCUCUCCCCCCCCCCUCCCCAGGCACAUUCCAGGAACGAUGGAGGCCUAUCCUGCAGUGCUGGACAUCUCACCUCGGCCCCUUUCCUUUAGCCCCACUGGCUGCAUCCCCAGAAGUGGCUCAGAAGAGCUGGAUCCACUCAACUCAAGUGAAGGCCGGAAUGUCACGUCCUCUUGACCGGAACGUCAGGGAGGAAGGGUCCGGAGUGUUGGCGGCUGGCAGAGUUCCUCGGGCAAGGCAAAGCAAGGCCAUCUCCCUGGCCAUGUGGUCUCCCUAGGACAAACCAUGGCAUCUCUCUCACCACCCUCUUCCCCUCCCUCCCUCCCCCUCCCUCCCUCGCCCGCCCUGGUGGGAUAUUGGUGUUAGCACUUAGCAGAGGAGAGAAAGAGGGGAGGGGAGGCACAUGUCCAUUUGCAAAGAAGGUUUGCUGUUUUGUGGUCGGGCCUGGGCUUGGACUCCUUUGGAACACUACGUUGACAGAAACACACUUGUUCGUUGUGCUGUGUGUGUGUGUGCGCGUGUCUGGUUGGGAGCAACUGGGGAGAAGCAUUGCUAGCGAAGAGAGAGCAGGGCAAACCUGCAGACGUCCCUUUCUUUCACCCCCUCCCCGGAAAUUGGUGGGGGGGAGAAAUAAGGUGAGUUACGAGUGUGGUGUAUUUCGGGAAGGCUGUUUCGCUGGAGUCUCUCGGAGGAGCCGAAGAAACUGGGGCCCCGGAAGAAAUGAUGGGUUCAAAAGAGAGGGUUUAAACCAGGGCUUUGCUUCUGGCCGCUUUGGUGCAAGGGCCACCCAGACCACGGAGCUGCGGGGGAGCCCUGAGCCACGUCCUUGGGGGAGUUCCGGGGUUGCUGCCUCACCAGGAAGAUGCCACGGGAAAGAGGCUGAUGGGAAACGCUUGAAACCUUUGGGCAGCUCUGAAUCCCUGCCAUUGGGCCCCCUUCCCUUGGUCCCUUCCCAAGCGGCAGCUGCUGAUGCGUGGUGGGCCCGUGGCGGAAGAGGCUGGUGGCCCAGGAGAAUCUCGCCCUAGGGGCAUCCCCCUCUUCCCAGCCAAAGGUUGGCCCGGCUUCCUGGUUCGGGAGAAACUGCGAACUCGGGAGAACCGUUCGGGGUUUCUGCACUGGGGAUGUGAAGGGGAUUGUGUAUUAGCAGUGCCUGGUAAACUGCCCUGUUUGUGUCUCUGUGUGUCCGUGUGUGUGCGAGGGGGAAGAGUUGUUCUCAUCAACAGGGCAGUUUUAACUGGAGUUUCCACGGUACCACUGGGGGGGGCAGGGGAGCGAUCCCUAGGCCAUCCUCACUAUCUUUUCGCACUUUAAAAUGAAACCUGUGGUUUGUUGCUGUUUUUAAGCCUUUCAAGGAUACUUGUGUUACAUUCAUUGGGUGGGAGUUAAAUUCCGGUCCUUCUCCUACCCCACCCAUCCCCUUCAGCCCCCUAAACUUCUCUUCCACUUCCAUUCUGCUUCCUGGUAUCCAGAGCCCACUCCUCCUCCUCUUCCUCCUCCUCCUUCCUCAGUCUCUCUCUCUCUCUCCCUCCCUCUCUCUUAUAAAUAAGAUGAAUUAUGUACUCCUUAUUUUAGAACCACAUUUAAAAGUUGUAUCUGUGUCAGAAUCGUGUGCUUUGAAAGCCCCUCUUUGCAAGCAUUCCUCCUUCCUUUUUAUAACUCUCACCGCCUUUUGUGUAAAUAAUGGAAACGGUUUGUUUUCGACUCUUGACAAGGAACACGGCAUUGGCCCACCUCCCCUCCAUUAUGCAUGCGCCAUGUGAAAUGAACACACAAAGGGGAGGGGGGAGCUUGUAGGGAGGAGGCCAAGAAGGCUGGAAAAAAUUCCCUUCUGACUUUCCUCCUGGGUGGGAAAAAUAUGUGGAAAUCCCACUUGAGCUGCAGUCUUUGGGCCGUUGACCCAAAUGGAAGGCUGACGUGGGUGGGGGAGGGGGGACACGCCCGUUUCCCACCUGGGACAGGCCUUCCCUUAAGCACACGUCCAGUGCCGCUGUGCCUUCUUUGUGAGUGUGCUAAAAAAAAAACCCACCUCCCUUAACAAUUGCUAGCAGCUCUUGAAAUUAGGGAAGGCAGCCACCCUUCAUCUCACAUUUGGUCCGGUGCCAGGCCAUUCAGCUCCUGACUUCAACACCCAGCUCAGAGCUGCAAAUUGGCAGGAGGCUGCUCUGCCCGUGCACAGGUCAGCCUGUGGCCUUAAGAUCAGGUGGGAGGAGGGGGGCAGUUUUCCAGGUGUCUGGACCAAGAUCCGAGCAUCCCUGCAGAGUGACAAUUGCUUCCCUCGCCUGUCGCCAUUCCCUCUUCUGGGACCAGUUGGCAUUGGCUGGCCCUUUAACUGGGCCAGGUGCCUCCAAACAACCUACCUACCUUUCCAAUUUCCGGGGCCUUCCUUUUUUAGCAGCACCUCUCCCGUCCAGAGGCGAUGCCCGUUCAUCGUCCUGUGAGUUUUUCCUCAAUCCAGACGAUGGGUCACCAACAAACGGGGCCUGGGGCUGCCUUUUCUUUGUCUGAAACCAGCUUCUCUCGGUCCCUCUUUCGCUGGGCGGCUUUUACGGACGCGCCUCGGCCCCACCACUGCGGCCUUGCUCCCUUUGAGCGCACUGCUGGGCUCGCUUCUUUGGCAGCAAGACAGCCGGCAGUCUGGUGGUUCUCCAUUUCUUACUAAGGCCCAUCGGUUUCCCCCUUGCCCAGUGAAAAGCCAGAAGCGUCUUGAGGUUCUCCAGCUCUGGUUCCCGGGAGCUUCCUGUCUGGUCACCCCCACGCAGGGUCUUGAGCUAGGGUCUGUUUUGAAAGCCUUGUCUCAAAAAAGGAAAGUUCUGAAUUGCUCGUCUGAAUCAUUUGUCCUUCGGUGACUUAGCAGCUCUCCCCCCGCCCCGCCCGUUCCCCUUAUCGGUUUUCUAACCAGCCAGUGGCUUCCCCUAACGCAAGAGGUCACUUUGUCUCCAGUUCAUCUGGUCAGUAUUCUUGAGAGGUCCCGUUGUGGGGGUAUGUUGCCCCUCGCUGCCCCUCUUGAUCGGCUCUAGUCUAACCGUUAGGUUAAAUCCCCUCCCUCCCCUUUCAGUAACAUGGAAAUACAAUAGAGAGAUUGUAUUCCAAAGUGUAGUUUUAAGCAGGGCAUAAGUUAUUGUUUUAAAAUAAUCUUAAUUUUUUUUCCUGUGUAUAUUAAAAAAAAAAGCCACAUCCAUUUCUCAAAUUGUAUGGGAAUAAAACUUCUGAAAAGUUGGAUUUAGUUCUGCACUCAGCUUUUUGUUUUGUUUUUUGUUUGUUUUGUUUUUUUCCUGGUACUUGUAUUUUCACACUGUAAAAUUAUCUCUAUAUAUGUUGGAUAACAUUUUAAUUGAAGAAGACAAUGAUGAACGAUGAUAAAAUGUGGUAGUAGUUCCAGCUAAACCUGUGCCCAAAUGAACACUUUUCAGAAAAAGCAAGCAAAAUUUACCGAAAAAGACCUGUAUGUAAAAAAGAAAAAGGAAAAAAAAAAGUAUAAUGGUUAUUUCUCUGUAUUUUUAGGAGGCUAACGACAUCCUUUAGUUAUUGGUGAUAGACUAUAUUUCCUUUUUAUGCUUCUAUUAAGGACGUUUUUAACUCUUUGUGGUUCUUUCUCUUCCCCUCCUCUCUCAGCCCAUCCAAUUAGUGCAUGAAAUUGUUGAAAUCUCUGGGCAAACAAAGAAAAGCUCCCCCUUUUUUGCUGAAUUUAAACAGGAAAAAAAAUCAUGUUAUUUGCUACAGAGUAUUGUAUGUGUCUCAAUGGGAAUGGUGUAAAAACUUAAAGGCCUUAUGUGAUAUGUAUCAUAGUUAAUAAAUCAAUCUUGUUAAAAAAAAA